AUUCAUUCAUCCGCAAAGUCAACCGAAUUCAUCAAAAGCCCACCAUUCCCUCCACAAGCGCAUCCUUAGAACCCGAUCUAUCAUCUUCAUCAUAUUCCAGCUGUUACCCGACACCAUCAUCGGUCACCGUAGCCCUUCCAGUCUUGACCACGCCGCCCUCUUCACCGCCAUCGCCCACCCCAAUCUUCCAAUCGCUUUUCCCAGCCUCCCACCCAAACCUCGCCCACCACGGUGACCCGUUUCACCCAACACGGCCGACAAUAAUGAUCAAACUCAAAAUGAAGAAAAAGCCGACACUGCAAUGAGCGAUCCGGUCGGUCCAGAUGUGGCUAAAGAGGCCUCGCCCGAUAAAGCUGUUGAUCACUCGUCAACCAAUGGAGGCCCAGCUCAGUCCGCAUCGAAAUCACCAAAGCCUGAAGAACAGAACCCAUGCGAUCCUAAAACUGCUGCGAACGAACCAACCGUAGACCAGGCCAUGGCGGAUGUGGCAGACGCUGACGCAGAGGGAGACUCGGAAGCGGAGACACUUAUUCAGUCACCCGAAAAACAAAGGACCGCUGCAGGAUCGACCGCUGGUAACACGUCCGUGGCCGGCUCGGUACGGCAUGCGGCAUCAAAGGACGACAAGACGUUAAAUGGAGCAAGUGCCACUGAAAGCGACAAUAAAUCAAGGAAGCGCAAGCGUAGCGUUGACGACGCUCGCGACGAACUCGCCUUUUCCGUGUCGAGCCGCCAAAGCUCACCGUUAUCAUCCCUCUUACAUCCCCAUUCAGAAGAAGGUAGUGAUUCAGACGUAACCAGCCAUAUUGCAUCGACGACCCCGAAGCCAUCCAAGAAGAAGCGCGAGAAAAGGUCGGCAGAUCCCGACGAUGCCGAAGAGAAACCGGUCAGGAACCAAACUCGUAGACGUCGCCCGAGCGACAUCCUCCCCAAACAACGCACAAAGAACAAUUCCAGCGGCGUAGACCCUGUCUCUUCCGAGCGGCGCGAAACGAGGUCAGCUACGUAUCCUCGCCACUCUUCCCAAGAACCUUCACCUUCACCACCACCAGCGCCGCCGCACCGCAAGGAACACAGGCGUGGCGUGUCGACCCAGUUCACUCUUGGCGAUGUAGAAAGGAAGAAGCGCGGGCGUCCCCCCGCCAUCCAAACGAAGAGAAGUGGUUCAGCGGAUCACAGGAGGCGUUCCGUGUCAUCAGACGGGUCGGAUUCACCGCGACGCGUCCGCCCUGCUUUGCAUAAAUUUACCUCGACCGAUCACGAGACUAUGUCACCGGCCAAAGCAGCUGUAUCGAUUAUUCGCAAAUUGAAGGAUCGGAAUGGCAGGACUUAUCUUGCUAGAGCUGCCAACAACAAUGAUCUGGAAUUGGCCAAGCAGAAAUUCGCCGAGAGACCAGAAGAUCUGAACGAAGCAGACAAUGCAGGAAAUACGCCACUUCAGAUUGCCGCUCUUUCGGGAUUUACAGACAUCGUCCAGUUCUUGUUGGAGAACGGCUGUGAAGUUGACACGCUGAACAUCGAUAGAGACACACCGUUGAUUGAUGCUAUCGAAAAUGGGCACGUUGACGUCGUCAAACUGCUUCUGGACUAUGGGGCGAAUCCUCGACGCGGUAACGCUAAGGGCGAAGAACCGUAUGAGCUUGUCGAUAAGAACGACGAGAACUAUGACGAGAUUCGGGCACUGAUAGCAAAAGCAAAAGACAAACCAGUCCAUCGACGAGUAUCCAACGAACAUACAGAGGUCUCACGUGACGGACAUUCUUCUCGGGCUGCCUCAGCUGCGAGUCCUCGCGAUUCACCUCCAAUCAAUGGUCCUCGAAGUCCACCAGCUUUUCCGUCCUCGAGGCGGCGAAAAACCGGUCGUAGCGAAUCAACAAGAAACGAUCUGCUUUGGCAAGCAAACACCCAGGAAAAUUUGACUCGUCUUGCGGGUAAGGGAGAUGUUCAGGGAGUGGGAAGUAUUCUCAACAUACUGCAGAAAGCUGAAACCGAGUCACUGAUAGCUGCGGCAAAGGCUGGACACGAGGAGGUAUUGCAAUAUCUGUUGGCGAUAGGCAACGCAGAACCCGACCCCGACCCAGUAAAGAAUGUCAAGCUUGGACACAACACGCCUAUGCUUGCGGCAAUCGGACGGGGGCAUCCCGAAGUGGUCAAACUUCUGGUGGAGUUGGAUGGUUUCAAUCCCACAAGGAGGCUUCUUAAGGGGAAGACAUACCACGAGAUUGCCGCCGAACGCCGAGGCGAACAAUGGCAGAAGGAGUACGAGAUCUUGAAAGAUGCAUAUGACAAGCACUCGGCUGGGAAAUCAAGGAAGACCACGUCUCCUCGUGCCACAAGAGACGGCGACAGGCACCGUGCUCGCGUCGCCCGGCGUUCGCACUCACCUGUUGCUAGCAAACAGCGUACAUCUUCGAGCCCGACCUUGACACACAAGACCAAUCCGAACAAAUCGCCUCAAUCUUCGAGCAACAAUGGCGAUCGGGAUCGAACGUCUGGUGAAGCGCUCGAACGGCGCAAGAAUGCAACUAACCGGAAAGAACGUAGUGAUGUUGCGGUUUCUUCCGAUCAAGAUCAAUCUACGUCUACUCCUCGCCAAGGCCAUAUGAAGCGCAGAAGUCAGAGCGAUGCACAAUCUGCUUUCCUCGAUGCUGAAGGCACGCACCGACGGAGACGACUGGUCACCGGGAAGGAACACCGUCGGGGCAAGAGUGUCAUCACGGAGCAUUCCUCGGACGAGGAUGGAUCUACGCCUAUUGUAAAGACAGAGACUCGGCCGAGCACUGCCUUGAAAAGAACACGAGAGAGUCUCACUCCCGACCAAGCUCGUACCCAAGGCGAGAGCACUGGAAGCGUUGUUAAGAAACGCAGAACGGUGGUGGAAAGCAGUCCCGAGGAGUCAAGAGCUGGACCUGCAAAACGAGCCGACCGUCUGUCCCAGUCAUCCCGCGAAGUCAAGCCUAGCGUCGAGGAGAGGCGUACAGCCCAGUCUCGAUCGUUGGACACCGACGCUAGUGUUGCGAAGGAUCUAAGCGGCCCCGCCGAGGCUCCAGAGCAAGAAGCCACGCCAAAUAAAUCACCCGUUCUGUCAAGUCCUCGAGAAAAUGUGAUAAAAACGGAAGAGGUCGAUGUCGGACCAACCGAAGCCGAGCUACAAGCACAACGCGAAGAAGAGGCAAGAAAGGUUGAGGAAGCAAGGAAAGCGGAAGAGGCAAGACAGGCAGAAGAGAUACGAAAGGCAGCAGAGGCGAAGAGGUUGGAAGAGGAAAGAAUUGCAGCUGAAAAGGCCGAGGAAGAACGCAGAGUGGCAGAAGAGAACGAGCGUCGUAAACGAGCAGAAGAGGAAGCGGCCGCAGCGCAGCGGAAAUUGGAAGAGGAGGCAGCUCAAAAGAAACGCGAAGAGGAGGCAGCACAAAAGAGACGAGAAGAGGAGGAACGGCAAGAACGUAUCAAGCGCGAGCUUGAAGAGAGACAACGACGACAAGAAGAGUACAUUCGACAGCAGCGCCUCGAGUAUGAAAGACGCCGUAGAGAGGCUCUUCCAAUUGUGCUCAGCAUGACGGCCUUGAUGAUCGACAACAAUGACCCUGCUGUUAGGAGUGAUGUCUGGCUACGAAAGUUUCUGCCACUUUUCACCGUCAAGACGUCUCAACUGACAUCUGAGUCUUUUCCAGUGGCAACGGAUGAUCUCUGGGUGCCGAAUUUUCAGGUUGCCGGUUUACUGGCAACAAAAGACUUGAACCUUCGCAAUUACACUUCUCUCGAAAAGAGGCCGGUAACACAUAAUCAACGACUUUGUUUGUGGAAAGUAUCCCGGAACAUGCUAUCCUUUGAAUACGAUGCCACUGCAUACAAUACGACCAUUCAAAAAGCGAAGGAGAAGGAAGAGGAGGAGAGACCCAAGUUCCUGAACAUGGAGGAACUUUUCUGGGUCAAGUACUCUGAUUUCGAAGAUCAAGUCUUUCGACAUCCUCAUUUGGCAGCUCUUCAACCACUGAAGAAGCAAGCCAUCUCUGUGAGAAUCCCUCAAGGGCAGCUAUCGACAACACAAGGACCACUUGCAAAUGGAAUAUACCCCCUCCAAGCCAAACUUACGAAUGGCAUCACCUCCCAUUUACCACCAUCAUCUUAUGGAAAUGGCUACGCUCGUUAACACUCGACCUUGUCGGUUUUCUGUCACUGAACCACUAUCACGACUCUUGAUGAGGAGAAUUACUAUGGCGCACAUUGUAAUGACGACGAUCCCCGGAUAUUAUGAGAUUGAGUAUGGCUUUUCUUUGUCUCGAUAAUACUGUGUAUGUAUAUACAUACAGUAGUUCCAUGCACGAGGUCAUGAGAUGGUAGGAAGGGCUAGAUACCCUCUACGAACAAUUAAAUGUGGAUAAUAACAAUAUGAGACACUGUGAAGCUUGAUGGUUCAUGCUCUUUUAUUCGUUUGAGUCUUGGUCAUUGAGUGUUGCGCCUUUUGUUGUAACAUCGUGAGUAC